AUGCCUGCAGCACUUGUGGAGAACAGCCAGGUUAUCUGUGAAGUCUGGGCCAGCAAUCUAGAAGAAGAGAUGAGGAAGAUCCGAGAAAUUGUGCUCAGCUAUAGUUAUAUUGCCAUGGACACAGAAUUUCCAGGUGUUGUGGUGCGACCAAUUGGUGAAUUUCGUAGUUCCAUAGAUUACCAGUAUCAGCUUUUACGGUGCAAUGUUGACCUUCUAAAAAUUAUCCAGCUGGGCCUUACAUUCACAAAUGAAAAGGGAGAAUAUCCUUCUGGAAUCAACACUUGGCAGUUCAACUUCAAAUUUAAUCUUACAGAGGACAUGUACUCCCAGGAUUCCAUAGAUCUCCUUGCUAACUCAGGACUACAAUUUCAGAAGCACGAGGAGGAGGGGAUUGACACAUUGCACUUUGCAGAGCUGCUUAUGACAUCAGGGGUGGUUCUCUGUGACAACGUCAAAUGGCUUUCAUUUCAUAGUGGCUAUGAUUUUGGCUACAUGGUAAAGUUACUUACGGAUUCUCGUUUGCCAGAAGAGGAACAUGAAUUCUUUCAUAUUCUGAACCUUUUUUUCCCAUCUAUUUAUGAUGUGAAAUACUUGAUGAAGAGUUGCAAAAAUCUUAAGGGAGGUCUUCAGGAAGUUGCCGAUCAAUUGGACUUGCAGAGAAUUGGAAGGCAGCAUCAGGCAGGCUCAGACUCGCUGCUGACGGGAAUGGCAUUCUUCAGGAUGAAAGAGUUGUUUUUUGAGGACAGUAUUGAUGAUGCCAAGUACUGUGGGCGGCUCUAUGGCCUAGGCACGGGAGUGGCCCAGAAGCAGAAUGAGGAUGUGGACUCUGCCCAGGAGAAGAUGAGCAUCUUGGCCAUCAUCAACAACAUGCAGCAGUGAUGGCGGCGAGGCUCUGGAGGGUGGGCCUGAUCCCAGAGUGGUGCUUAUGUGCUGACUGUUUGUGUGUACUUAUCUUCCUCCCCAAGAGAAAACGCUUCUUUUGAGCAAACCGUACCUACCAUCUGCGUUGACAGAAA